AAAUGAGAUAAUCUCCGAUGAUACUACAGAAACCUACAUACUGCUUUCUACUACAAACUGCAAAUUAUCCAAUGAUUUGCAAAGAGUUUUCCAAAAAAUUCACUAGAGGGUCGUCUUCCGCCAGUUCGAAGAGUUUCUUUUGUUCUGGGUAAUUACUUCUAUUGAGGAGUUGCAUCAGUGAUAUUAGCAGAUAUUAGUGCUGCGAACGGAGAUUUAGGAAUUUAUUAUAAUUUAUAUUUUAUUGGCAAUGCCGCUCCAGUAUUGCGAAACUGACUACUAGGAAUCACAAAGGCGAUCGAAUUCAAUUUGUCUCCUUUCUUCCCAAAUCCUCUUCACCAUUUUGAAAACUGUAACAAUCACCUUUGAAUGUAAUUUCUUAUCUUAUCUUAUCUAAAACUGACCUAAACGAUUGCGAGAAUGGAAGACGAGACUUCACGCGGAUGGCGCAGACCAAUAAAUUCGAGAAUGCGAACGACCAUUCCAAUAGAGAUCCGCUGAACAGGUGUGAUUUCGCGGUCUAUGAAACACAAGGUUGUGGACCAUCGAAGUGAUCGUUUGUCCCAAUGCGACGUUAACUCGAUCAGCCUCGUAGUAUUGGUCGAUUUGGCGCCUUUGAGUUGGCCCAAUAGUCGUGCAAACUCCUGGCUAGUCAAGUUUCCGUAAAUUUGCGGAGAACACAUCGAAAUUACAGAUACUGCCCUUGCAAUCUGGAGAGAGUCCUUAGCACAACAGCAACAACAAAUGAAGGGAUUGUUUGGUUCGAAUGAGCAGGCGCUGUCGAAAGUAUUGCGACCCUGUUCGAAUGAAUCCGAAAAUGUAGUCUAAUUUUUUUGACAAAGUUGCAAUGGCGUAAGUAUAUUGAAAGAUGUCCUAUUAAAAAAUGAUAAUGAAAUCAACUGAUAUUGUUCUUUUAAUCCUUUUAGUUUCGGGAAGGUAAUUUUUUAUUUUUGAUCUUCUAUCACUCUACGAAUAAAACCAUCAAUAAGAUCAGAGUAAGAAAAAAAAAAACGAUUUCGAUUUGACCACGCAAGCCUUUGUUAGAAUCAGGAUUCAUAUUUCGAAGAUAUAUAAUAUUUUCGAUCUCGCGUGCGAUACUCCAGUGGAAUCUUCACGCGUAAUCACGCAUUAUCGCACGAGUGUUUACUUUCGAGCGCAUACACGCUUUCGCGUACACAUACACACAUCUCGCUGAUGCAUGCAGAAAUUUGGAUUUGUGUACACAUAGGCGAAGCACCAGCGCAUACACACACGUACGCACACGUGAAAGGUGUGCAUCGGGGAGAUUUCGUACAGCCGGUACCAGAUUGAUUUGGUUUACCGCUAUCCCGUUUCCCUCCUGCUGGAAAUCAGAGAGAGAAGGAGAAGGGUGCUGGUGGAUCCCCGCCCUGGAUUUUCCGCCGGCAAGUCGCGGCGAGGAAGGGUGUUUACUCAAGACACGACAAUUCAUUACGUAAUUGAAUUGAAUGAGCCCUCUCCUUCGUUCCGCGUCGCCCCCAUCCUCUUCCGAAGCGUUCGGCUCGAACGUGUACGCGUGCGAAUGCUCAGGCACGCGUGUGCGUGGUCUACGCGAGCCGAGGGGUGGACCGGGAUUCAGAGUCGGAUUAAGGAUUGAAAGGACCCCCUGGAGCCCGACGUAAUUCAAGAAGUUCUUUUACGAAAGCGCACGUCGCUUUGAAACGGAGUCGUCUUGGACAUUGCCACGCAGGAUUUUGCUACGUCCCUGGGACACCGUGACCUCCCUCCUCCCGUUCAUCGUCGUCGUCGUCGUCGACACCGCACGGCGUCUACGGUCCUCUUCUCCGAGGCCGGGGAAAUCCGAAGGCUGGGACCAACCGGAGGGGCUGGUAGCGAGAGCGACCGAAUUAAACGAUUAGUUAAACUGAUUUCGAGUUAGGCGAAUGAAUAAGUAAUCGGAUUUCUCGUUAAGGUAAUCGCAUUGCGCCCUGAUUGGCUCCGUCUGCCUGCGUUAUAGGCCGCACUCCCGGCAUUUUGCCCCUCUCUGCAUCCCGUUUACCCCCGUCCACGUCGACGUACCGUUCCCUCCUGCCCCUUCUCUCUGUCUCUCUCUCUCUCUCUCUCUUUCUCUCUCUCUCUCUCUCUCUUUGUCUGCUGGAAGGGCGAAGAGAGGGUGUCCUCUCAUCGUUUGCACGAGGGUGUCCUCGCGCAUUCCCAUUGUCGCCGUCUCAUCUCCCAGAAAUUGAGAAGUGCGAGUGUUUCAAAUAAUAUACACAUGCUGACAUUUCUAUUCACAUUGCCUAUCACAUCAUCUCAUUAUCUAUCAUUUACUUCAAUUACAAUCGUUUAAUUAGCACGACUGACACUGCAUCAAAUGUCUUUCAAAAUUAAAAAAAAAGAGCGUUCUUUGAUACAUUUGGUACUGCUUUCAUUGAGACACUUUUUAGUCUUAUCUUUCAUUUUAUUUCAUUUAUUCUUUCUUUGAUUUCAUAUGUCAGUAAUCAAAGAUUCUUUUUUCUUUGAUCCCGUACAGAUUUUAAGACCAUAAAAAAUUCCCAUGAAAAAAUGUGAAGAAUGGCAAACUGACAGUGUUUCAGUCCCAUUUAAAUAUUGCCGAGUUUGGCGGCGACAAACACGGGGACACAUGUCUCAGGGUCGCAUUUGCCUGUCGCAAGGAGAGAUUUGUGGCGUACCGAGAGUGUGCGCGGGAGGACAACUUCUGUAGAUUUAAUAUCGCACUAAACGAUGCAGAUUCAGCGAUACCCGGAAGACAGGAAAUACUGGGUGCCUUCUCUCUCUUCGGCGAGACUGCGCAACAAACGUGACGUAUUUUAUCGGAAACGAUAAAUCGCUCUUGAGAAAUCGAGAUUGGCAAGAAGGAAAUCGAAUUUACGUCGAGCCAAUAUACAUCAUCCUGACGGCUUUGAGAAUUUACUUACGCAUCGCCGAAAAGGAAGACAAGGAGAGAACAAAAGGAGAAAGAUAGAAGAAACGUUACCGGUGAGAAGAGAAGUGGAUAUUGAAACGGAGAAAUGUAUAGGAGCUGAGAGAGCGAGGCAGCAUGUGACAGAAGAAAUGCACUUGUCACAAAUAACUUGCAGGGCCGCUUUAUCUACAUCGUAAUCCCUUUCAGAUUUAUUUUUGUUUGAAGACUUCUAUGAAAUCUUUUAUACGUAUCUUUUAUACAUAUAUUUUGUAUUUUUACGUACUUUAUGAUUAAAAUGAUUGAUAAUUGGCACUUUUAAAAAAUUACUAGUUAUUUUACAAAAUAUUGAAUUCUGACAAGUCUACGUAAAGACAUAGUCAAUAACUUCAAUCGUUUUGAACAUGUACUGUAGUAGAUUCUUUGCUGCUGUGAGAUUUAACAUAAAUAUUAAAAAAAAAGAAAAAGAUUAUCUGGAAAUAUAAAAUAAGCAGGAAACAAUUUAUAAAAAAUAGAAUUUUGUAAUCAUAAUGCAAUUUACAUACAUACGUAAUUCGUGUUAUUCUACGCGAUUUAUCGGGAAGAAGAUAACGUGUCCAAAAUUUCCGAGUUCGUAAAAUAACUCUCUUUUCAGACCCGGCGUAGAAAGUCGACGAUCCGACGACCGAUAACGAGGUAGGACAAAAAAGGAAAAGCUUCGACCGCGGAAGGCAUGGGAUUAAUUACCGCGUGCCCGCGGCGGCGGCAGCGGCGGCGGCGGCCUGUUUCUGUCUCAGGUAAAUAGAGCGGCCCUGGGUGAUCGUACGGGGCGCAGAGGAGGAUGCGGGAAACAGCAGGGUAGUCGCCAAACGGCGUUCUACCCCCGGCCGGCGGCGAGGGGUAGUUUCGCCGCGAGCCGUUUCCGCGGCGGGCGGAAAAGCGGGCGCAAAUGCUAAUGAGCGUCGGUUUGGGGGUAGAUCGUGCCUGCCUCCCGGAAGAGGACGAGGGGCUGCGAGCUCCGGAACGUGUUUCGGCCGAGGCGAGAAGGAGGGAGAAGCUGCGAGAGGUACCGCGGGGCGUUUCCAUCACGCCCAUUCGCAUGCGGAUUGGCCGGCGGCCGAAUGGCGUCCUGGUGGACGCGUGGCGUCGGAACGCCGACGUCGGGAUGUGCCUCCCGUCGACGUGUCUCCCCGGCGACGGCUCUCUCUGGCGACGGCGGCGGCGAGUGCCGUCGGUGCCGAGGCGCGACGUCGCGCGCGAGAGUCGCCCCGAUAACCGUGAGGAUGGAGCAGCUCGCCCAGUUCGUCUCCAAGAGCUUCGACAACGCGGCGGCGGUGGUAGCGGCUACGACGAACGUCGAGGCUGCCGCCGGCUGCAGGGCGGCCGCCGCCGGCGGCAGGAUCACGCUCAGUGUCGCGCAUCUCAUCGGUGAUCACGUCGCGGACGAUGGCGACCGGCAUGAAGCGGCGCAAGAGACCACGGCUAGCGUCGUCGAGACGAGCGGAAGCGUCGAAGAGCCGCCGUCGCCGGAAGGUCGGCUGCAACCGGAGGAUCUCUCCGUCACGGCCAAGAUCAAGGACAUCCGGAACACGGCAGAGAGCCUGCCACCCCUGAAGACGCCCGAGCUCAAGCUGUCGGUUCGCAAAUUGCUCGGAUGUACCCCUUCGCCGCCGCCCAUAUCGAGGGAUCGAUCACUCAGUCCAGAGAAUUGCGUCGAAUUAAAAAGUCAAAGCUCGAAUGAAAGCAAAGCUCUCGUAUCCUCAAACGAGGCUAAGGUGUCCUCGCAAAUUACAAGGUCGAGCGGACUAAAUCAAGAGGACUCCGUUAAGGGAUCCAAUUGUCGGAGCAACGGAAGUGGCAAUGGUAAGCAGAGGAGAUCGCGGACGAACUUCACUAUUGAGCAACUGGCCGAACUCGAGAGGCUCUUCGACGAGACACACUAUCCCGACGCGUUUAUGAGGGAGGAGCUGAGCCAGCGGCUUGGUCUCAGCGAGGCGCGGGUACAAGUUUGGUUCCAGAAUCGACGCGCCAAGUGUCGUAAACACGAGAGUCAGUUGCACAAAGGUGUCGCCGGGAGCAUGGUGCUGGCGCCGCGUAGCCCGCCGACGACGUUGGAACCGUGUCGAGUCGCUCCUUACCUGCCAGCCCUCAGGUUGCAUCCACCGCCGAUGCAGGGAACGGCCGCAAACGUCACGGUAGGAUCGGCCUUCGACCCGGCGGUGCUGCACUACGCGGCGGCCGGGGGCCUUUUCUGUUUGCCGCCACCGCCGCCGCCCCCGGCGCCGUCGGCCGGUCAUCCUCAUCCGCUGAGCCUGGCGGCAUCGCUGGCCGCUGCGGCGGCUCGCUCGAAGAACAGCAGCAUCGCGGAUCUCAGGCUGAAGGCGAGACGGCACCAGGAAGCCUUGGGGCUCGAUAGGCCUGCGUAAGGUCUGCAGCAUGGUACGUCUUGGACGAAGAGAGACUCGAUCGGGGAUGAAGAGGUGCGAGGUUGUCGUGAGACGGUGAGUACUCUCAGAUUCAGAGAGAAGAUUCUCGUCGAAAUGUGACUUAGAACGACACGAAAGGAAGAUAGUGACCGACCCACAUUGUGAUCGCGGUGAGUUCAAUUUUCGAGACGUAGAGAAGACACAUUAUUUUACGCCAAAGUGAAUUCUUGCUCAUUAUCGUCACUUGUUAAGACUUUACGGGCAGCUACUUAUCUACAAUUUUUCUUUAUGAAAACUUUAAUUAAAAUUCUCAAAAAUUUUAAUUAUGUAUCUUGUUCUCCGUAUCAUUUUAGAAAUGUUAGUUAUUUGUAUUUGAUUAAAAUUAUAUGUUGCGCAUGUACUAUGCAGGAAUUCGCUCGCGUAUAAAAUAUUAAAAGCGACACAUGUGCAUUCCUUCAUCCGCGACGUGCCGAAGAGUCUGAGAAGUACAAAGGACACUUAUAUAAUGUGUAUAAAGUACAGGAAGGGCGACGGGAAACAUGUAACAUACAUAAUGUAUACAGAAUCGGGAAUCUCGCUUGUAUCUCGAUUAGCGUAUUCUAUGUCGAAGAACUGUGAUGUAAAACCGCGAAGUUUAAUCAGCACCGACAUAACUUAGGGAGGUAACAAUUGUAAAGUUUCAUCAUUGAUUCUUGAACCAGUUCUCAUCUCAAGUUCGGGGUUGUUUCGUUCGGAGCGGAAGUUAAUGCAGUUUUGCGUAUGCUCACGCGUGUGUGAGGACACGUUCAAAUGGAACGCGUUUGUCGAAAGGGUACUUGUCAACGUGGUAAUUCAGAAAAAAACAUCAAAGUACAUCCAGAUACUUUGAUGAGAUAUAUACGAAAAGUAUUAAGGAUUUUCUGAAAUACAUUUUGUUAACAAAUCUAACUUUUGCCAUUUGUGUCAAUCGGCAAGUUUGAGAAACAAUAAGACGCAGAGAGAUCAUGGACCAACCGUAAAAGGAUCUCUAAGGAGUUAUUUCUAAGAUUUAAGCAAUUUCCGCGGGCGGUAUUAGUCUACGGUGAAAUUUAGGAAGUGUCGAGAUCACUGACCAUCGAAGUAAAAGGAGACGUACGUCUCUUCCAAGAAUAGAUUUCGGUCGCAACAGUUUCUUACCGGCGAUAUUAGUCCACGAGGGAAUACGAGGAAAUUUCAAGACGCGCCAGGAUCGCUGACCAACCGCGGGCGGGAAUUAUAGAUCGCCGCGUCCUGGCAGCGGCUUGCAAGACAUAACUCUUGUAGAUGAUUCACGGGCGGGUGGAUGGACGCCGGACGAUUUCACGCGUUUGUCGCCGGCGAGCGAGUGAGCGAGCGAGCGAGCGAGACGGGGGACGGUGGACGGCAUCGCCGUCGGGGCGCUAAUGCAAUAACGCGCGGCUACGCGGAUAAAUCAAGCCAGGCGAACCGCUCGAGCGGUGGCUGUGCUGUGCUGUGCCGUGCCGUGUCGAGCCAGUGCCGCGCCGCGUAAUCGCGUUACCCCGGUCGUCCCCGGGGCGCCGUUAUUGUCCCCGAAACCCCUUGCCCUCGGAACGGAGGAUGAGGUGCUCCGAAAGUCGCACGUUCCUCGAGUCCGAUAAUUUGUUCGACUUAUCUCCGUGUAAAUCGCUGAACGCGAGACUUGUUCCUUAUCUAUUUCAUUAGCGAGAAAAAGUAAGAGACUUAUGAUAUCGUACCUCGAAUACGAAAGCACUGAGAGUCCUUGGUGUUAAAUAUUGCUGUCGUAUGUAACACGGGGUUAUAUUGAUGUCUGCCGUAUCGGGAACAAGUUACGGAAGCUCACUGCUAUAUCAAAUCGCGAUGAAACGUCUUCCACUGCAUUUUCGCGGAAAAAUCAAUCAUGCAUCUCAGAGGAGGGUUGUAAUCGCUUUAACACAGAUUUAUUCCGGCCAUCCCCGGGGCGUCGUUAUCGUCCGUGUACGUCGAAGCAACGUCGCGUGGCGGUGAUUUGAUUAGCGACUUUAAUUAAAAAGAACGCUGGCGCACACCGACCGCUUCAACGUAUACGACCCAUAUAUGCUGAACUUUUUAUGGGCGUUGUAUAUAAAAAAAGAAAUACCUAUAAUUCGGUCGCUUUACGAUCGCAGGAUUGAUUAUGCAACAUAACUUACGGUCUCAUAAACUGACAUCGAAUUUUUCACGAUAAAAUUUUCUAAUAUACAGAUUAGUGGAUUUUCAUUGGAUCAAUUCAAUUAUAACGUAUUUGAAAUAUAAUAUAUGGUCGGCUGCAUAUGUGUUAAAACAGACAGAUCAACGUACUUCUACUGUAAAUCAUUGUUGAAGAUUAAUUGAAGUGAUUUAUUUAAUUAUAUACUCUCUAAAUUGCAAUUAGUGUAUUUUCACUGAUUUGCAGUGAUAUACUCAUAACUGUGAUAAUUAGUGAUUAUCUACUGACUUUUAGUGAUUUUUAUUGCAAAAUUAGCGUAUAAUCACUGAAAGAUCGGUGCAUUUAUUUCACUAAUUGCAUGACAAGUUAUAAGUAUACCACUGAAAUCAGUGUAUUUUCAUUGGUUUCAGUGAUUUUUCACUAAUUGUAAUUUAGAGAGUAAAAAGAUCGACGAAUAGAUAGACGCCGGUUCAGUUGCCUGUGUAAUCAAUUUUUAAUUAUCUGUCAAUUUUAAGAAUUUUUGAAUAUUUAUCUUUAUUUAGUAUAAAUAUAUUGGAUGUUUAACAUUUUCAAACAUUUUGAAUGCGGAGCAAUAUAAAAAUGGAUCGAAUUAUCACUAUCAUUGAUGAUCACUCAUAUUGCAAGAGCAAUAAACAGAAAUAAAGUAACAAUAAUUUGGGACACCUAUGUUUGCAUAACGAUAAAAAUAAUGACGCUUCACUUCAUCAGCAGGGACAUAAUAAUAAAAGUGCAAGGCCAGGGCCAAGGGCCGUGUUCGCCCUUCUACCUUCGGUGACGCUAAAAUAAAAUAAAACCCUCUCGUAUCCCCGGGAUAAUUCGAAGGGAACCGAAGGCUCCUCUUUCUCUUCCCUUUCCCUUCGCUCAUUUUAAUCCGAGUUUUAAGAAGUUUUUCCUAUUGCUCGUAAAUUGGCCGUCGUUUGUCUGGCCGGGGUCACGUGGGGCCAGCAAGGGGUGGAAACCACCCUCGGGAUAUUCUCCCCACUAUAGCGAGAUCCUGUUGUUCGCACAUUGCGCAUUCGUAACAAGCGAGUGGGGGAACGAAAACUCGUAACUGCGAUAUAAUGUUCCGCGAAAACCAGCUACCAUCAUCAAUUAUCUCCGCCCCCUCGACCCCUCCAAAUGGAUGAAACGAGAAAUAAUCGAGAAAUACGCGGAGAGGACGAUUCGUUUUUGAGAUUUCUUGAGGACGCUGCGUAAGAUAUAUAAAUAAUGGCAGUAACAAUAUUAUUAAGAAAAAGUAAGGUUUUAUAUAACAUAAUUAUAUAUACAUAUAUGUAAUGUUUCUGAAAAAUUAGGAUAGACUUAAAAAUUAUUAAUACCUCUAUUUGAAACAAGAAACUUUCAAUACAGUGACUACUUAAAACACAAAUUAUCUUUCUUUGAUAAUAUUUAUUUAAAAUUUCUUUCAAAUAGAAUUUGAUUGCACAUCUUAUGUUAAAUUAUUUUAUUGUUUGGCUUGAAAAUUACCGUGAAAAUGCAAUAACGCCUGGCCGGAUCAUCGGUGCCGGAAAAAUUCGCAACAGAUCAAUCCUACAAUUCCGACGGCGCGAUCGAGGGGGAUGGGUGGGACGGAUGCUGCGCGAGAUUUGGAAAUAAUUCAGCCCCGCGUACUGACUGGCGGGCCAAGGGGCCGCUUGCUCCUUCCGGCCCCCGCGUGCCUUAAUCUAAUCCAAGGAUAAUCUAAAAUUCAUGACACACAUAACUGCCAGGCGAUGAUAUAUCUGGCGGGGGUGUAAAGGCAGCGUCUUCUCCAUUCCGCCGCCGUCUCCCCCUCCCCCUCCCCCGCUUACUAUACCCUCUUCGCCGUUCUUGUAGCUUGCAGUUCGCCUCGGUGGGCACCCAACAGCAAUCACUGGCAUUAUUAUUUAAUGCGAACGCGCGUGGUGGCGUAUAUACCGACCAACUACCCAUACAUCGUGAUAUUGUAAGACCUGCUGCUGGAUGCUGUUUAUCUCGUAAGAGGAAUUACCAGCUCGAUACAACCGCCAAUUGAUUUUUCUUUUCAAAGACAUGUUCUAAAACAUGUUGAAUUAAACGACUUGAUCGCACAUCAGGGCGCCAUUUAUAACAUCCUUGUUUAGAAAGAUUUAUAUUGUUUAAGCACAGUAGAACUUUUACUCGAGAAAUACCAUGUGGAUUAAGGAACAUAAUUUGAAAGAUCAAUCUUUAAAGCUGCGUUACAAAGAUAGUGGAAUAUUUUAUCUCAGGUAAUCAAUUUCACUUACGUUUUUAAUUUAAUAAUCAAUUCUGCGUUUUAUUUCAGCUUAUGUAAAACAGAAUCUAAUCAGUUUUUCCGGUUACAAAUGGUUUUGUAAAACGUUCGAAAACUCAAUCCUAAACGCAGCAUCCACUUAUGCUAAGAACUUCGCUGUUUCUACUGAAUUAAUCGACUCGUGCGCAAUCAUCCGCGUACCCUUUCCGACGACCACGAGCAACGUUCGAGCCCGAUGGAAGUCGAUAAUCCGGGGAAUGCAGUCCGCGCCUUUACGAUGGGGUGAGAUGCACGCAAAUGGACCGAGGGUGGUCACGCGCCGGUGAUAAGAAAAGAGAAGAGCGAUAAACUAGAGAGAGAGAGAGAGAGAGAUAGCGAAAAAGUGGAGGAAACGAGGAGCUAAACGCGAGUUUCCGCCCCUCCGGGCAGAUCCGAUGCGGAAUCAAUUCGCGUAAUAGUUCCGAGGCGGGGGAGGAUGGCUCGGGAGGAGAGGGUGGCAGGAGAGCUAAAUCGACUGACGGUCGCAAGGGUGGGUUAAGCGAGAGCUCGGAUACGGGCCAUUACCACACCUGUCCCUCAACUUCGACUUCACGAGAGGGAGAGGAGAGCCCGAAGCUCUAAUGAAGAGAAGCAAUCACUUAAGCUGGCCCGCCAUAUACCCGGUGUGCCGAUACGGGAUACGGCAUGGUUUUAUUUGCGUGGCUCCGAUGCGCUUUUACGACUCACUCCGGGGAGUGUUCGACGGGACGCGAGCGAAUAGGACACGGAGCGUGUCCCGUGUUCGCCGAUCCGAAUCGCUCCUCCGGGACAUGGCUCGAUUAUUUGUAACGCGAGAUCGUUAUCUCCUCGAUACAGCCCGAAUCGGAAAGAACGUCGGAAUGCCAGAACCGGAGAGAUCAGUCUUUCAUUUUCUUGGACAUUUGAAGACUAUAAUCGUAAAGUGAAACAAAUCGAAUUUCACAAAUGCUUAACUUCUAAAGAUAACGCAAGUUCGUUAAAGUUUUAAUUUUGAUUUAAUACAUACUAAUUAUCAGAUUUACUUACCCCGUUUGUUUGUAAAAUGUCAUGUCGUUCGCAUUCUAGGUGAUAAUUCUGUAAAGAAAUAAUCGUAGCGUGAUUGAUUAACGGAAACAUUGGUACUCUCGACAGGAAAUGACAGAGAAAUAUGAGGAAUAAUUACAAAAUAAUUCCAAAUGAGUAACGUCGAUGUCAUCGGUUUUUUGAAAGAAAGGAAUUAUCACAAAGAAAGAUGUAACAUGUAACCAACGUAUGUCAAAAUAAAUUUAGGAUAGACUUUAUCACAGAAGAAAAACUCGCAAGGAUGAUCAGUACUUCGUCAAGAUUUAUUUCGAAUGAAAUGUCACGUAGCGCAUAAAGAACCAAGACAACGAGUGCAAUAUGGAACGAGAAUUGAAGCCGGUAUAAUUUCAACCUUCUUAAUUCUUGCUAUAGAUACAAGCUAUUAGAAGUAAAAAAAAAUUUUGAUACAAUUUUCUUACGCAAAAAUCGGGCGUAAUAUAUAGAUUGUCUCUUACAGAAACAUAACUUUCACUCUAUAACAGUCUAUUUUACUUCACUAAUGUUAUAAUAUCUUUACUAUUAUUACUACGAUUUGCAAUAUUACUAUAAAUUACAUACGAUUCUAUUUUUAUUUAAUUAUCUAGAGAGAGAGACUUUACAUUAAGUAUUUUCAAAAAAUUGACUUACAUCAUUGUCACGUCACAUUCACGGAGAUCAGUUUCGCGCAUCUAUAGCAUGGAAAUUUGAAGCUAACGAAGUUCUACCGGUUUCAAUCCCGGAUAUAAACUGUAUGAUGAUUUAUGCGCAUGCAAUGCAUAUGCCUUCGCGACUCGGACAGUUAAUUAACGGAAGAAGCUUGGCGACAGGAAGCAAUGGAGUGUUCGCGUAAACACGUCGCAACAAGCGAUUGAACCUUAAUUCUACAAUCUUUACUCUUCGUCUGCCGUCCGAAUAGAUGGAUCCAUAAUAGUCGAAUUGGAAUACUUGCACGCGCUUACGUGACGCUUUAUAAAGUCGUUCGGUUUAAUUACAAUGACGAGUUUGCGUUCGGAGAGAAAACGAUUCUUAAUGAGACGAAAAAUUGCCGAGACUAUAAAAUACAAUUAUCGAGUGUGUACAUUCAGCCUUAAACGAUGGAUUUACAGUGCAAUUGUCAUGUCAAUUUAAAAUGGUAUGGACGCGAUUAAUCUGUACACAGGAUAUUCUCACUCGAGUCGUUUCAAUUAAUCACUAAUGCCCAAUUUCUUCAUGUCCAAUUAUCUUGCGGUUAAAAUUAUCCAGGAGAUAAACUAUCAGAUCCAUGUACGUGAUUGGUUAAACUUGAGAUUUAUCCUCCGGAUAACUUUAUCGGGAAGUGAAGAAAUCGGACAUAAAGAAAUUUUCAAACUUGGAAUCAAUCUCUUCUUGACUAUUUAAUUUUAAAUGAGACUUUAAUUCAUAAAAUUUUCAUCCUGAAUUUGUAACUUUAAUUGAAAUAAAACAAUUAAAAUUACAAUUAUGAAUGUCCCAGCGAGAAAUGUCCCACGAUAAUGAAUUCGACAUCAAUUCAACGUCGAAUCGACAUCGAAAUGAUGAUUUCGAUGUUGAAUCGAUGUCGAUUUGAUGUACUAUUUCUCACUGGGGUCAUUUCGGUUUUACAAAAAAAAAUCACUGUUAUAAUAACAAUUGUGCACAGUUAAUCAGUCUAUUACAUUUUACGUUUCAGAAUCAAGAGUUAUAUAAAGAAGUACAUGUAGAAAUAAGAAACUGUUUCUAUUACUCUUCCAAGAUGGGCAGCCUUUUCGUUGCACCUGACAGGCAUAAAUGUAUCAUCGUGUAAAAAAGCAGAAUGAAGUCUCGUGUUCUUUUUCUUUUCUAUCCGUGCGAAACUUACAUGCGACGUUACUACUGAGCACUAGAAGAGAUUAUUCUUAAGUACUAGGCAGUCAAGGUAAUAUGCAACAAUAAAAAAGAACACCGUGUAUGUAUACUCUAUUAUCGAGUGUUGACACUGGACAGAGGAAUUCGUCGACGCUUGCGAGAAGAAACAGCAAAGUAAAAGCAAAUUACGGCGCGCAGAUCGAUCUGCAUUUUAGCAGAACCGUCCUUCCGUGACCGCAAGGAUAGGAUAAUCAGGUACUAGGAACAGCCCCACACGGAGUCCCAAUCCUUUGAGAAAAAAAUCACGAUUGAGCUACAUCUGAUAUCGAGAGAUCUGACAAAACGAUACUUUUAUUCUGAAAGAUCUUAGAAUUUCGCAAAAAUCUCGUUUUAUUUCAUCGCAUGCAUCUCGAUUGGAAUGAGCAAAGAGUAAUAUAUCAAUCAUAUGUAUAUGAUUAUAUACAUCUAUAAUAUAGAAUUUCUUUCGCAAUACCAAGCGUGAUAAGAAUGAAUGUAAAGAUUUAUUAAUAUGACCUAGAUUUGUGCAAAGAAUGCACAAAUCUAGGUCAUAUUAAUAAAUCUUGUUCGGUGAAUAUUGUGGUUGUACGUUGUACCUUCAAUUGUUUUACAAAAAGAAUAUCCGUGAACACAUGUCUGUGAGCAUACUUAAGUAUAUGCACAUUAACACAACCAUGACUACUUGAUACAAAGCAAUACCGUUUACCGAAAGAGUUACGGUGAUGAGGUAAUAACGAUUGGUAAUUCCCAAAGGACAGGAACCUCCGCUCCGAACGCUGCCCGCACGAGGAUUCAUUAUGAUUAAAUAUAAUACACACCGUCAUAUAUAUAGAUAUAUAUAUAUAUAUUAAUUACAAUAAUUAUAGUAUUAAUUAAGAAUUAUGUUAAUAAUUAUUUAACCACGUGUAUGGCUCAGUCUAUUAAGCUAGUCUCAUGCAACAACAACAAUAAAGAUACAACAAUAUAUUUA